AUGACAUGGUUUUGGUUUUUCAGUAUAAUCAAGACGAUAGAGAAGUACCAAAGGUAUACCUAUGGGCAGCUAGAAUCAGACCUGUCUUCCAAUGACAGUCAGAACACCUACCAGGAAUACUUGCAGCUAAAAGCAAAUGUGGAGUCUCAUCAACGCUCGCAGAGGCAUCUUCUUGGGGAAGAGUUGGUCAACUUAGGAACCAACGAGCUGGAGCAAUUGGAGAAUCAGCUUGAUGGGGCUCUGGAGCAGAUUAGACUCACCAAGAAUCAAUUUAUUGCAAAUCGACUCUUGGAGCUUAAAAGGAAGGAAGAAAUGCUCGAGGAAACAAACAAUGCAUUGCGGAUUAAGUUGGAGGAGACAGACGCGGUGCUAAGAUCUUCAUCCUGGGAAGUUGGGGAGCAAUCUGGUGUGCCGCCUCACCAACAGCAGGAAACAAUGGACUCGCACUGCAGGAACAACCCUUUGCAGAUGAGCUGUGGCCCAAUGGAGAUAGAUGACAGACCGCGGUCAGCUGUGGCGUCAACUUCCGAAAAUGUGAAUGGCCUUCUGAAUCGCCCAGGGUGGAUGGCUUAG